CUUCCCCUCCGGUUCAACAAAUUUCUCAAUUUUCCUUAGCUUUCCUGAAAUCCAUAUACUAGAGAUGGCGUCUCAGACUACAGUCUUCAAGGUUGGUAUGUCAUGCCAAGGCUGUGUUGGUGCCGUGAAAAUUCUUGGAGAACUUGAAGGCGUAGAAUCAUAUGACAUUGAUUUUGAUGCACAGAAAGUGACGGUGAAAAGCAAUUUACCACCCGAGACAGUCCUUCAAACCGUUUCCAAAAGUGGCAAGAAGACUGCCUAUUGGGAAGCAGAAGCACCAACAAAGCCUGAAGCAAAGCCUGCAGAAGCGGUGGCUGCUGCUUAGUCUUGGCCAAUUUAACGUGGACGUAGUCGUUCAAUAUGUCUUAAGUUUAUGAAAUUGGUAUGGUGUCCUUAAACAAUCGAGCACUCGUUCAACUUUUCCUUGCUUUCUUUUAAAAAGAUA